ACAGAUAUAAGCAGCUAAAGCAGGGUUGUUUCAUUUAUUACUAACUUUAAGUUGUAGCAGAAUGUGUGCUUAUAGUUCACAGCAGGUUCACCGGAGAAGGCUUCAGGGUGACACACUUUCUAAGUUCAUUCAUACAGAGGUGAAUAUUUCAAGAGAUGAAACUAAAAAAGCUGUGGAAUAUGUUGUCAAAAAAGUGGAAGCAAUUCUAGAAAAGGUAUGUGCACGGGACCCUAGAUUUGGCUCUGCGUUUCUUCGAUCCGGAAGCUACAGAGAGAAGCUGCAAGUGUCCGACUCUAAUGAAUUUGAUUUCUUGGUACCUCUAGAAUAUUUGCCUGGGUUAAAUUUUUACGCUUAUUCUUACUGCACACAAGAUCGACUUCUAGACGAAAGUUAUAUCGAAGUGACAUGUAACCCAAGUCCUUCAAAUACAGUUAAAGCAGCCAGUCAGCCUUCGUGGGAACGGAAAGAUGUCGCAGACCCAUUCCCAGACAUGUUUUUGUUGAAACCCGAUAAAAUCAUGUCCACAUUUAAAAAGGAAGUCAAUAACGCCUUGGAUUUGCUAAAUCAAACAGAUUCAGUUUAUGUUCGCCGGCGAUAUCAAGGCAACCCCGCUGUUACCUUCACUGUCAAAUUCGGCAGGGAAGAGAUUGAUGUGGAUUUGGUGCCAUUUAUCAGAAACCCAUUUCCUAGCUGGCCCAUUGCAUGGCCAAGACCCUACCAGAGAUGGCCAUCUGCUAUCAAGAUGGAAGAAAUAAGAAAAAUCGGAGUUGACCUGGUGGCCAAACAUCCCACAUUUUGGAGGUUUUCAUUUUCACGCGUUGAGCGCUUUUUGCUGGAGGACAUAGACAGUGAUCGUGGAAGACGAAAAGAUACUCUACGGAUCUUGAAGAAAGUCCGGUUAGAUCGCUGGAAACCACAAUUUGGAAAACUGCUGGUCUCUUAUCAUUUAAAGACAAUCUUGUUUUGGGCCUGUGAAAAGUAUCCUAAUGCACAUGACUGGAGUGAUCUGGUUGUAUCUUUUGAGCGAUUGCUGGAUGAUCUCAUAAUGUCUCUCUCAAAAGGUCAUCUUUCACAUUACUUCCUUGGUCGUCAGGUUAACCUGUUCAAAUCAGAUGCUGAGAGCCAAAUGCGACUGACAGAUUUAUAUAAAGAAGUGAACGCAUUCAAGUGUGAUGCUGAACACUUUCUGUCAACGUAAAGAUAAGUGACCAUACAUUCUGGUUAGAAUGUCAGACUCAGUUACUCAGUAGUGAUCAAAGCCAAGAGAUGGGAAGAAGGCUUUAAAGAAAGAAAAGAACUUUCCUGGGUACAAAUACUCCACCUUUCUGUGUUCAUGAUUGUAAUAAAAUGUGCAACAGACUAAAAUUUUGCUUUGUAUGUAAUAAACACUACUAACGUCUUUGCUACAGCCAGUAAACAAUUAUCCCAUUUACUGAAUUUUGCGUUUAAUCUGCUAUACAGAAUAAAUUAUUUAAUGGAAUAUCUAUUUUAAUAAAGUGUAGUUGUCAACCUUU